CUUUAAACGCCUGCUUGAGACUGCGCUUUCCAUUUGCUAGCCUCCACCUUGUGUCUGACCAUGAAGUCUAACCUGUCGCCAGUCGCCAAAGCGCCCGUCAUCUCUACCAACACUGCGGCUCUGUUGUCUGUCGACUGCCUAUGUACUGAUCUACGUGGUGCCGUUCUACUUGUCGUCUGCGACGCGACCCUCGCCCACUCUCACACGAGAUGCACCCUCUGCGAUACGUGCGAGGACAAACUCAGUAAAACUCUCGACCCUGGUGUGCUUCGCUCUUACCGCUUUCGUGUUGCAUCGGCAUGAUGUAUCGGUCCAAGAGAUGCUCAACCUGCUCGGCUUCUGGCCGAUCUCCCCUCUCGAUACAGCACGAACGAUGCUCCUCGUGACUAUCCUCUUUGCAGGGCCCAUCUUCGAGCAAGGGAUCGUGGAUGGAGCCAUCAAGGAUUGGGUGAAGUUGAAGGGAGUUCACGAGACACUGAGUAGCUGGAUUGGCUAUAGAGCCUUCAUCGUCGGCCCCGUCAGUGAAGAGCUUGUCUGGCGCUCUUUCAUGAUUCCGCUCCACGUGCUGGCCCAUUUCUCCGCAAAGCAAAUCGUCUUCCUCACGCCACUGUACUUUGGAAUUGCGCACGUUCAUCACCUCUACGAAUUCCGCAUCACACAUGCAGAAGUCCCAUUCUUCGUCACUCUUCUGCGCUCCCUCUUCCAAUUCACAUACACCUCGCUGUUUGGAUUCUUCGCGGCUUUUGUCUUCAUUCGGACAGGGAACGUCUAUACGUGCAUUCUAGCUCAUACCUUCUGCAACUGGAUGGGGUUACCGCGAUUCUAUGGCCGUGUAGGCGUCGAAGCUGGCGUGCCGAUUGGUCCUCCGGAUGUCAAUAAGAAGGAUGACGGCGAGAAGGUCGUACCUAGCGUUCACGGGAAGGGUAUCGCUUGGACGUUGGCCUAUUAUGUCAUCCUUGUAGCUGGAGCUGUCGGAUUUUACUACCAACUGUUCCCGCUAACAGAGAGCACGCAUGCUCUGAAAGUCGUAUCGUAGCGAAAGUAGCGAGAUGACAAUCUGCUCGACAUAAAAAGCAAAAAGUUCGUCUAUCGAAUUUCUACACGAACAGAAGAAUGAACAGACACGGGCAAUAUGUAAAAUGUAAAAGUUAUCUUUUUGCGUAUUUUCAAGAUGAGGGUUUCGUUCUACACUUGCUCACUUGAGUCUGGUGAUCGC